AAUUUUUUAACUAACAGCUUAAAUUAAAAUUAAAUAAAUAAAUUACAAAAUGGUGCACCAGCAGUACUUGACUUCGUCAAUUCUGGUUUUGUCGCCCAUUUCGUAGACGCCGACAUCGUUCGGGGGCACAAAAUGGCCGUCGUAGUUCAGGUCGUAGUUGGAUCGAUGCAAAUCGUCGUAAAUUCGGCCAUUUUGCGAUGACCCAAGACUGAAUUGCGAGCCAAAAUGGCUGUCACUCACUGGAUGGAAAUCGUUGUGGUAUCUGUUGCUCAUUUCGCAUCGAAUUUCGCCGAUCAAUAAUUGAAAACUUGAAGUUAUUAUCGCUUGUUAUCAUUUCGAGAUGUCAGUGUCUGUGUAAAAUGUAAAUCUGUCGCGUGAAAAUGUCAAAUUUUCGUCAAAAUUUCGUGUUAUUUUUGGAAAUCUACCUGAACAUUUUGAAGACUUACCAAACGCUGUGUCUGUAUUUGAAGUGGAGUUUGGAAAUUAAGGAAGUUCUGAAAAUUUGAACCGAUUUUUUGGUUGCGGAAAAUAAUUUUUGGCGCGAAAUUCGAACCUAAUCUCUAACGUGUUGUAAACAACGCGUUUAUUUAUAAACUUGUUAUCUGAGACGGAGUUAAAAUGAGCAACAACAAAAACAAAAUCGAAAAUACUUUGACGGCCAUUGGGGUGGCGGCGUUAGUGUCGGGGGCCACUUUCGGUCUUUUUUACUACCUAAGAGGCGCUGAACAAACGUGUGAAAACAAUUUGCCUGAGAAGAAAAAGCAGAAAUCGAGUCCAGGUUUCAAGGGCGAUUUGUGCCCUAUUUGUUUCGAUUUCAUGACCACCAAGUGCAUCACAAUCAAGUGCCAACACACCUUUCACAAGAAAUGCAUCGCCCAGUGGAAAGCCAUCAACAAUUCGUGCCCAAUUUGUCGCAAAAAGUUCGACAGUGCCAUAUAGCUUUUUUGUAACUAGUUCUUAAGAAUUUUUGUUAGGAAUAAACUUGCGUUCUUUUUU